AUGCAUGUCCUUGGUCCAUCUUCAAGUUGCAAGCACUGGUAUCACCUGGCAUUCUCAGGGGCUGGCAACUCCAAACAGGACUCUGGGCUGUUCCAAUUGUUGCAGCAGGCCCUUUCCUGCCCUGAUCAGGCAGGCUGCCAAGUUUUGGAGCUGACUUUAAAUCCCAGCCACAAGCUCAUCAACGACACUGCCUUUGCUGUGCUGUGGCCUCCCAUAAAUAUUCAGAUUCAUAAAAUUAUGGUACCAUUCACAAAGCAGAAAAAUGCAAUAUGCCUCUACACACAUUGGCUGUCUGAUCCUGGACCUGAUGAGGCAUAUAAGCUGAAAGGGUCAUGCUGUGGAUCCCCACUGUGCUCUUCAGGUUACUUUGCAGAAGCAGAGCCAUCGGUGCACAAGGGUGUCCGUCACAAAUGCACUGUACUUGAUCCCAGUGGUAUACACAAGAAACACAUUGAUGAUGGUGCCAACAGCAACAACACAACAGAUCAACACAACAGAAAUUGUCCCAGUGAUGAGCAAACACAACGGCAUGGAGGGAAGACAAAAAUGAGCAGAAAACACAACUCAAGGCUUCCCCUUCCGCUUAACCCUCUGCGGCCUCUUACCCUUUGCCAUUGCAGUCUGCUUGCCUGUCAAAUGGGACAAAGGCGUGACGAGGAGGGAGGUGGACUACAUGAAUUCCAGAAGGUGUGUGAACGCUACAAUCAAAAGGAUUGGGUCUCACGGCUGCCUGUGAUCGAAUUUGCACUUAACUUGGCCCAUUCGGAAAGCACAGGCUACACACCAUUCUUCCUUAACGGGUACGAGAUCUUUGUACAGCUGUGGGCACAGGAUCAGCAAUGCCCGUAUCAGUUCAGCUUGUAUGACUCCGUGACGGGCAUCACUGAGCUCAGAGGUCUUUGGAACAUCUGGCUGCCCCUGAGAUACCACUGGCAAUGGAAGGGGAUCUUCCACCUGAUGGAGAACAUUGAGGGUGGGGCACUCAGACAACUUCUGCCAUUCUUCAAAGCCCAUGCCAUGGAACAUGCCAGCAGUCUUGUUGAGGUCAUCAUCCCUGUGGAAAAGAUACAGCUCAGCAGAGACCUUUCUGAGCAAGAUUUCAAGCCCGUGCAAGACACCACUGAAGAGGAUGUGACUUUCAUCAUCUGGUGA